AGCACCGCAGAGGAAAGAAGAGGAAAUUCUAGGUCGCGCGAAUCCAGGCGUCCGGAGCAUCCGAUUUAGAGCAGGGAUCUUCUUUUCCUCCGGAUUUUAGGUUUAGGGCUUGGGAGCAGCAGCAGCGAUGACGCGGAUCUGCGCAGGCUCCCGCAGGUGGAUCCAAGAAGAAAGAUCGGCCGCGCGGGGACGAGGAUUCCAUGGCGCCGUGAGGUGAGUGCUGCCCUAGGCUAUAGCUCAAUGCGCGGCAAGAAGAGCUCUGGGAUGAGGAUUGUAGAUUCAGGAUAGAUCGAGAAUCGAAAAAAUUCCUAGGUCGGGCUCAAGACGAAGAAAUGGUACGCAUUCUUGGCUAUAACUCGGGGGCCGAGGCCGAGGAGCCUCGCGAGAUCACGAGAACUCCCAGUAGCUCCGGGGACAAUGGCUGGCUCAUCCGGUUCUUCGACUCGGCCUUUUUCUGCGAAUGGAUCGCCGUGAGCUAUUUGUACAAGCACGAGCACUCCGGGGUCCGGGACUAUCUUUGCAACAGGAUGUAUACGCUGCCCAUCACCGGCAUUGAGAGCUACCUCUUCCAGCUCUGCUACAUGAUGAUCACCAAGCCGAGCCCCUCGCUGGACAAGUAUAUCGUGGAUAUGUGCACCAAGUCCUUGAAGAUUGCCGUCAAGGUCCAUUGGUUUCUCCUGGCCGAGGCGGAGGAUCUAGAUGACAACGAAGAGAUUCGCAGGCUGCAAGAGAAGUGCCAAUUGGCGUCGCUGGCCGGCGACUGGCCGCCGCUGAUAAAGCCGCAAAAGGCUAUCACCAGUCCUAGCGGUAAGAGUCGCAUGUUCAAGCUCCUUUCAUCUUCGUCACGAAGGAUACUCCCGUUGACAUCUUCUCCCAUCCAGAAGUCCGCCGCCGCCUCCGCCACCGCUACUGCUGCAGCCGUGAGUGAUGAUGCAGUAGGAUCGAAGGCUUCCGCAGGGGUGAAAGGCUCGCAGGAAGAGUCGUCGGAGUCGUCGUACAGGGUCUUCAAGAAGCUGAUGCCCGCCACCAAAGUUCGCGACGUGCUGAAAAAGUUCCGGGACAAGGAGGAGGAGGAUCCGGAUCAGUCCAAGGAUGCCGAGCAGGAAAGCUUCUUUCGUAGGCUCUUUCGAGACGAUGAACGGGUCGUUCGCAGUGACGAGCUAGCCACGGAGAGUUUCUUCCGGAGGAUUUUCCGAGACAAGAGCGAUGGAGAGGAUCGGGUGAGGGGAAGCGUGGACGAGGACGAGGUGAAAGGCCUGCUUUUCAUGUUCAAGAAGAUAUUCCGGGAGAAGCACGACGAUCGGGACAAAACAGACGACGAAGAGAAGAUUUGGGAUGAAGAAGAAGGGUCCGAGUUUUUUCUUUUUAGGAAGUUUUUCCGGGUUCAUCCGGAAGAAGAAAGCAUCUUCGACAGCGCCACCUUCGGAACCCCGGAGAACAGCCCAGGCGCAGAUGGAUUUUUUAAACGAUUGUUUCGGGACAAGGACCGCACCGGGGACGAGACUUCAUUCUCUUGUUGCUUGGUUUUCACUGAUAUAAGAAACGUACAGAAAAGGCCUGGAUCUCCAAAACAAAAAACCGAGAGGGGGUCCAGUAAACCACCGUUGCCAAGGUAUUCCUCUUUCCACAUUCGAAAGGGAACGUACCAUGCCACUUUAGAUUUUGUGAGAUCGUUAUGCGACAUAGCAUCUGGUUUAGUCGAUGUGUUUCCAAUGGAAGACCGACGGAAGGCUCUUCACGAGUCCUUGGCAGAACUGAACAAUCAUUUGGCAAGUGCGGAGCAAGAUGGAGGUGUGUGUUUUCCGAUGGGGAAGGGUUUGUACCGUGUUGUACACAUACCGGAAAACGAUGCGGUGUUGAUGAACUCGAGGGAAAAGGCUCCGUUCCUUGUUUGCUUUGAGGUUUUGAAAUGUGAAACCGAGAGCUCUGUCAGGGAUAGUAGAGAUUCAUCAAUCAGGCCUCGAGGAGGGAUUCCCCUUGCAAAUGGAGACGCGCAUGUUCAGCGUCCACCUCCUUGGGCUUAUCCCGUAUGGAACUCUCAACAAUCGGGUUCUGAAAAUUACUUGCGCAGUGCUUCCCGUGCUAUCGAUCGAGCCAUGGCACACGACUGGGAAACCAACGUCAAAGUUGUCGAGCUGAACUUGCAUGUCUUGGAACGGACGGAUGAUUCCGACAGGGGAGAGAAAUGCAACGAGUCUGAAUUGGUGCAAGUCAGUUUGCGAGCGGUUGUUGAUAUGAAUAUGGAAGAUGUCGGAGAGGAUUUCACUGCAAAAAGAAAGGAUCAUCGCCGUGUUCCUAGUACUGUAGCAAUGGAUGCUGUCAGGGCUGCAGCUGCAAAAGGUGAAGCUCCGCCAGGUCUUCCGCUGAAAGGAAGUGGCACAGUAACGGUAGGAGACUUUGUGUAUGGAUAUGAGAUUUACGUGAAACUGAACGCAUUCUUGGAUUUGUAGGAUCAACUCGGCAAAUCUUCUGAUGUCGUCGGCGGCGAACUAUGGGACAUCAAAAAGGGAAAGAUCAAGAAAACGUCCGUCUUUGGUGGGCUUCCUGGCUGGGAUUUACGAUCUGCUAUUGUUAAAAGCGGUGAUGAUUGCAGGCAAGAGCACUUGGCCGUUCAGCUUGUAUCCCAUUUCUAUGACAUUUUUCAGGAAGCUGGCCUUCCUCUAUGGUUGCGUCCAUAUGAGGUUCUAGUGACUUCCUCCAGAGCAGCGCUGAUUGAGACGAUUCCGGACACUGCUUCCGUACAUGCUAUAAAAACGCGAAACACAAGCUUGAGAGAAUACUUUUGCAAAAAGUACGACGAGAAUUCGCCAGCGUUUAAGCUUGCACAGAGGAAUUUCGUGGAAAGCAUGGCCGGCUAUUCGAUUCUAUGCUACUUUCUUCAGGUGAAGGACAGACACAAUGCAAACUUGCUUAUCGACGAGGAUGGGCACAUCGUCCAUAUUGAUUUCGGUUUCAUGCUGUCUAAUUCUCCUGGUGGAGUUAACUUUGAGAACGCCCCUUUUAAAUUGACUCGGGAACAAUUAGAGGUGAUGGAUUCAGACGCAGAAGGGACUGCCAGCGAGUUUUUUGAUUAUUUCAAGGUGUUGUGUAUCCAGGGCUUCCUUACGUGUCGGAAGCACGCAGAACGGAUAAUUCUUCUGGUGGAAAUGAUGCAGGAUUCGGGAUGUCCUUGCUUUCGUGGAGGUCCCAAAACGAUCCUGAAUUUGAGAAAGCGUUUCCAUCUUAGCUUGACUGAGGAGCAAUGCGUCUCCUUGGUCUUGUCGCUCAUCAGCAGUAGCUUAGAUGCUUGGCGUACUCGGCAGUAUGAUUACUAUCAACGUGUUUUGAAUGGAAUCCAAUAGCUCUCUCUCUCAGAUCACUGGCGGAUUUUGGUGGUUCUUCUUCUUCUCUCUUUUCCAUGUUUCAUAUAAUUUUGGGCCGAGAGCUCACUCUUCUUCUUUUGUGCGCGGGCGUAUCAUCCAAGGCAUUCGUGGAUGAAUAAGAAAGAGCAAGAAAGCCGACUUGUGGCACCUCUUCUAUGUUAAUGUAAAUAUCUGUCCAUUUGGUA